UGCCUCCGGCCAUGCCUGCAGGUGUCGUCCCCGUGCCCACUGUGCCGCCUGCCCUUCGAUGCCAAGAAAGUGGACAAGACCGCCCACGUGGAGAAGCAGCUUUCGUCCUACAAGGCACCCUGCCGGGGCUGCAGUAAGAAGGUGAUGCUGGCCAAGAUGAGGGUGCACGUUGCCUCCUGCCUGAAGGUCCAGGAGCAUACGGCCAACCAUCCCAAGUUUGUCCCUGUGGUGCCCAUGUCCCAGCCCAUCCCCAGCGCUGUCCCCAACAGGUCCACCUUCACCUGCCCUUACUGUGGUGCCCGCAGCCUGGACCAGCAGAAGCUGGUGGACAACCACCGCAGCGACCCCAACCGCGUGGUGUGUCCCAUCUGCUUGGCCAUGGCCUUGGGCGACCCAAGCUACCAGAGCACCAACUUCCUGCAGCACCUGCUCCCCCGGCACAAGUUCUCCUACGACACCUUCAUGGACUACAGCAUCGACGAGGAGGCUGCCUGCCAGGCCGCCCUGGCCCUGUCUCUCUCCGAGAACUGA